AUGGAAGUUGGUCAAAGCAUCAAAAAUUCUUCAAAAAGUUUACAGUAAGCGAAUGUAUUAAUUAAUUACUAUUUUAAUGUAAAUCAUCAUAGCUUGACAGUCCCUGCAGGAUCUGAGCUGUCAUAGACAAUUCUCUCCAUCUUUAUCUGAUCAGAGCCUGCAUCGGCACCCCUGUAAAUUCAAAAAUUUUGUACAUAUACUACUUGUUUAUUUUGAAUCAUUAUACUAUGAUCUAUUUGGUUCUUUGGCAUUAAUGCCCUCAAGUAAUAUUUUGACACAAUGAUUAGGUAUUAGAUUCCAUACUCUGUCUUAUUCUCCAUAAAACAUUUCUUUGAUUUCCUUUGUUGGUGCAAAGCAGUUAAUUAUUACUAUGUCAAAAAUGUGUCAUUUUAUCUGUAUGUAGCAUAUGCAUUUAUUAAUCACCUGAAAUGUUUUAAUGUGUGGUAGGAUACUCUUAUUUAUUACAAAUCCUAGGUACUACAUUUUCGAAUUUUCAGUUUUUGUUACCACUAUUGAAAAUUGUUCUCUUUUAUGUUUCCUUCUCCAGGCCACUUUUAAAGCUACUAUAGUAACAUUCUAAUUUUAAAUACUGUCCAACAUACAUUAUAAUGCACCCGGUUUAUUUAAGGUUCUAAUAUUCCAAAUCUCCAUUUUGAUGCCAUUUUUUGAUUCCAGUUGUUGUCCAGUACUCUUCUAAAUCCCCGACUUGUUUUGUGGUUUCUUAACAUUUAGUGUUUAUGAUAUAGAGUUGUUAACCUUAAGAUCAUUUUAAAGUAAAUAUAAAAUGUUUUAAGUAUUAAAACUUAGGUAACUUAAAUAGCACUAAAUAUCAAAAAUACCUACUUCAAAUAUGUAAAAAAAAGCAAUUUUAAAAUUUGUAACUAUCUUAGGUGCUACCAGGAUUUUUCAAAAUAAAUGUACAAAUGCUACACGAGUCAUGAGCACUGGUAAUAACUGAUCAAAUAAUUUGUCAAUCUCAUUUUCUUUUCUGACAAUUACUGAAAUAUAAACUGAUAAACCCAAAUAUAAUAUUAACUUUGUAGGAAAUUUUCAUUUUAGAUUCUGAGUAGAGCAAAGAAUCUUACAGUUUUAUAAAUAUGUUUAUUUUUUUUUUAUCUUUUAACAACUUUUCUACUAGAAGACUUGUUCAGGUUUCUAAGUGUAGCACUUUCUCUGAAAGGAAAUUGAUAUGGGGAGGUACUUUAAGGUACUUUGGAAAAGUAAGUUUUCGAUUUUCUCAAGAGUUUUCUCAUCAAAUUUAAAAAACUGAUAAAACUGGGAAAAUCAGUACGUUAAACAAAUAUUAUUAAAGAAAUUAUAUAGAACUUAUUUAAUUAUUUUACUAUAAAUUAACAUAAUUAUUGUUGAUUAAGCAUCACUAUCAACUGAACUCUGCUCAGAAUAGUUUUUUCGUAUUCAAUGGUUUAUCGUUGCUUACAAGGUAUACAUGAAAUUAACUAUAAUAGUGACUGCACCUGUCCCCAUUAUCCUAUGAUGGUUUUUCUUCUUUGAAAUGACUAUAUAAGUGUUAAAUAGCGCUAUAUACAUCAAAAUAGUGUCGAAAUUAACAAAUAUGCAACAAAAAAUGUUAUAUUUUACUUACUGGUUAUCCGAAACAAAUUUGUAACUGAAUUAAGUGUUACUAGGAGUUUUCAAAACAAAUAUGCAAAUGCUACAAGUCACGAGUCCUGGUAAUUACUAAUUAUUAUGAUUUUAAAACUUUUCAGAUUUGCGCGUAACUUAGAAGAAAUAAAAUAUCCAAAUACUCAAACAAUUGAAAUAAAAAAAGAAUAUGAUUUAAUAGAUGGUUGUGAGUUUAAAAGUGUCAUUACUAUUGAAAAUGAUCCUAUGGAAUUAAUAUUGCAUCAAAAACCAAAACUUAAAAAAAAGAAAUAUACAUGCCAUAACUGUGAUAACUCAUUUUUUUCAAAAUCAAUGUUAAAAUGUCACAUGAUAAUGCACACUGGAAAAAAAGUUGACAAUGAAAAUCGCCCUCUACGGUAAGCAUCUUUAAGUUCUUUCUUCAUAGUUUCUAAAAACUAAAAAAAGUAAACAAAUUUAAUCUUAAAUGUUGUUAUUUCAUAUUGAUUAUGUUUUAUAUUAUAUAAUUGAUAAUCAACAUUUUUUUUUUAAUAUUAUUUUGAACAUUUUUUGAAGCUUUUUACUUAUUGUACCAUUUUCAAAAUGUCCAAUUGGUUGGAAUUUCUCCUAAUCAUUCUAUAUAAAAUAUAAUUUUUGUUAUGCAGGAUAUCCUCCAUAAAUAAGGUACACAAAUAUAUUGAAUUAUGAAAAUUAAUUUAUUACAUUAAAAUGUUUACAUGGUAAAUUAGACAUUUUUUUCUAUUUUUCACAUAUUCACCAUUUAAAUUGAUACAUUUUCCCUAUAAUAGAAUAACUUAAAAAUGCCAUUUUGGAUAAACACAAUACAUUUUCCAUCGAAGUACACUCUUUCUAUCCUUAUGAGAAUUUGAUUUCUCAUGGACAAUGUGAUACACAUCAGUUUUUUGAAGAUCAAGGUGUAUGGCAAUUUUCUGAAUUUUGAAUUGUCUCAAUUCAAUUGUAGCAUAUGUUUGACACCUUAAUGAUAUCAGCAGUGGACAUUAUGGUGGUACUUAUUUUUUAUGUCCGAUCCCUUCUAUUUUGUUCCUUAUCGCGUAAAAGUAAUUUGUGUGAAAUUUGACCAUGAUAACUCACCCCUUUUCUGUGCCCUAUGAAGGUUGAAAAUGAGGAAACUGGGCAGUUUUGUGGUUUUUCGUAAAUAAUUCAGUAACUAUUAUACUGAUUCACUGAUGGUUCACUGAUUAUAAAAUGAUAGGAGACUUUUGGUGUAGGUCUUCUUAAUGUCUAUAUAAUUUAUUAUUAUACAAUUUGCUGUAAAAUCUUUUUUUCCAAAAAUUAUAAAAUAUUUCAUGUAUUUAACAAAGCUGAUUUUGUUAAGGUUAUUUUAUUGUAUUUGUCAAAUGGCUGAAGAUAUGAAACAAUGUUUAAUAUAAAAAUGAUAUGGUAUUUAAUUUCCUAAAAAUAAAGGUUAUUAAUAAAAACAUGAUUAGAACUACUGAUUUAAUGUUACGUGUUUAUGUUGAUUUAUUAGUGGAUAAUGGAUAGAUUAUAACUUUUAUAUUAUUUCAUUGGGAAAAAAAUUAAUUUGAUGUUAAUUUUUAUUUAAAUUUGAAUUUUUUUACAAUAAAAAUAGAUCCUUUAAAGAUUGUUUCGAGUAUCUUGGUUAAGUUUUUAUUUUUAUUUUUGCAUAACCUAAGGCAAUUAAAGACAAUAAGAAUAUUAUAAAAUAAUAAAAAUAAAUAAAGAAAAUACAUUAAAUAUUUUUAUUUAGGAACUGAAACAGUUUUGUUAAAUAACUGGUAAUAUGCAUUGCUUUGGGUUUUUAUUUUUGGUGUUUGAUAAAAACAGAGGUAUUCAAUUUAUAUUAUGAUAUUUUAACGUUUCAGAUGUACGAGUACAUUUUGUACCCUUCAAUUCUUGUUCAUUUUCAUUUUGUCAGAACACUGUCAAAUACUCUGUUAUUAAUAUAUUGGAGCUUACUAGUAUACCCUUGAAUUACUUUAAAAAAAAAAAAAAUUAAAUUUUGUUAGAGUUUACUAUCUAUCAUUAUUAAGUUUUUUUUCUAUUUACCAAAUAUAAGUUUUGUUAUUUUUCUGUUAUUAACAUCAUACAAUAUUAAGCACCUACAUAAAAUAUUUUAUUAUAUAUACCUCUGAUGCAGUGUCAACCUGGCACACCAAAGGCUCCUGCAGCAUUUUGUUUUUAAGAGCCCCCAUAGAUGAAAAAUAAAAAGGCCAAGAACACCAAUGCAAUAUUAGGUUAAAAGUUAGUCAUAUUUCAAAAAUAUAACAACAGAUUUUGCACAAAAGCCAUUUUCAGCAAUAUUUUAGUUUUCAAUAAUUUACUCGCGUACGCAAUUAUUAUAAUAAAUUGAUAAUUUAAUAUUAUAUUUUGAUUAUUUUACUGUAGUCUGCAAUAGUUAAAUAAAGAUGUUUUAUCAAUCUUGGGCCUUGAGGUACUCCCAGACACAAAUACUAUUGGGGCUGUGUUCACAGGCUACCGACUAUGGUAGGGCUGAAACUGCUCUAAUGUGUUUUUACGAUGAUAACUAAUAAUUAUGAUUUUAAAUCUUUUCAGAUCUACGAGUAACUUAAAAGAACUAAAAUAUCCAAAUCCCCCAACAAUUGAAAUAAAAAAAGAAUAUGAUUUAAUAGACGGUUGUGAAUUUGAAAGUGUAAUUACUAUUGAAAAUGAUCCUAUGGAAUUAAUGUUAUACCAAAAACCAAAAGAUAUAAAAUGUAUAUAUACAUGUCACAACUGUGAUAACUCAUUUUUUUUUAAAUCACUGUUAAAACGCCAUUUGAAAAUGCACACUGGAAGUAAAGUUGACAAUGAAAAUUGCCUCCCACGGUAA